AUGUUGGGUAAAAACAUCGGAACCAAAAUAGAUGCGAAGUUUGUAAAUACGCAAUACCAAGCCUACUUGACGCAAAAAAAGGACAAGAAGAAAAAAGUUGAAAUGGUGCCAGCAAAGGCACCAACGAAAAAGCUGAAAGGAAAAGCGCAAAAACACGCUGAAAUGAGACGGAAAGGUAUAUUUGUACAAGCAGACAGUAGUGAGUUUGACAAUACUAUCAUGGAAAAGCCAAGCUCAAAAAUGCGGCCUUAUGUGUUAAGAAGUGUGAAUCGGAAGUUGAAAUGGAAACGACAACUAAAGGAAAUGCUAGGAUUACCUUUGAGUGCUGAAAGUGUCAGUAGCAGUGAGGAGCGGGUUGGACUAAGUUAA